UCGAGCCGCCCAGAUCGCUGCCGUCCCAGACCUCCAAAUCUCGCGCUAGGAAAAGAGAUUUUACGGCGGCGAUGGCGGCGACCGGCGACGACGUCCCCAUCAUCCAGGCGGAGAACCUCACCAGCAACGUCAGGUCCAUCCUCUACAGCCGGACGUUCUUGUCUAUCACUGGUGGAGUUGUUGCCGGUAUAUGGGGAUUCACAGGUCUGACCGGUUUCAUCUUCUACUUUCUGAUAAUGAUGGUAGCCUCGCUGGGGCUCUUGGCAAAGUCAAAGUUUUCAGUCCACACAUACUUCGAUAGCUGGAGCAGGAUUUUAGUCGAAGGAGUUUUUGGUGGCCUUAUGGUAAGAAUAAUUGCCAUACCGAUGUAUUAUGUGGUUUAUCAGUGUAGCCUCCUAAACAUUUUGACCAUUAGAUGCUAUUAUAUAUACUGUUAAAAUAUGUCUUAUACAGACACUGCUGUUUAAAAUUGAUGUGGCUUUCUCAUCAAUAAUGCCAUCUUAGUUGUAUUCUCAUCUAGGAAGCUAUUGAACAUUGAGCUGGAUCCAAAUGAGUUCUUAUUUGGCACUACUGUAAAAAAAUCUUGAUUUUAGGACUUAGGAAUAUAUACAACUCUAGUUUGCUACUACCUGUUAAAGACUAUCUCUAGCUUUAGAUGAUCUAGUAGGACCACAUACACUAUUGAAACUUGGGAGGAUAAAUUAUCUACUGAGGUAUAUAUGUUAUUCAUGAUGGUCAGUUAUGUUUUUUGAUAGACGGCGUAAAUUAUCCAAACACAACAGUUGGUUAUACUUAAUUGCCAUAUGCAUUCUUUAUGUUCUUGUUUUCAAGUUUAUUCUUUGAAGAUAUGCUCAUUACAAUGAGCCUUGCUUUAUUUCAUGAUGUUCUAACAUUGUGAUUUUUCAUUUGCAGUCCUUUGUGUUGUUCUGGACAUUUGCGUAUGAUAUUGUCCACAUCUUCUGAUGGAAGGAGCUGAAGUCAGAAGAACACAGCAAUAUCACAUCUUCUGAUGGAAGGAGCUAAACUCAGAAGAACAAAGCUUAUGCAAGUUUUUCCCUAACCUGAUGGAACAAUGAAGUCUCCGGUUUAUCCAUUUUUGUUGUUAGUUAUUAUUACUGUCCAGUUUGAUGAACUGCAACAAUGUAUAUGCCAACUUGAUGGCUAGUGUAUCAGUAAUCAGUUAUCACGGUGUAAACCUGCAAGUGAGAAAAUGUGCAACCCUCUCUCCCCGAACAGUUCUGAGUUAUUACAUUGCUCGUUUCCUGGAUCCA